GGACUAGGAAGGGUAAACUAAAUUCUAUGAUGAGGUUACUCUUACAUCACAUUGAUCUCACUCAUUCUUCAACAUGUGACAACUCUUUUGUUGUUGCUCUCUCUGACAACAAAGAUAAGAGUGCUCUCUUCUCAGUAUUCUCUCACACACUAAAAGAGAAUCAUAAGAACCUUUAACAUUGCUUUUAUGUGGCAUCACAUUGAGCUCUUGAAAUGCUCUUCUUUUACUUUCUUAAAUCUCCACUACCAUUAAUUGGAGAUUGAGUUGACCAAAGUUCAAUUUUUCAGCAAAAUAUAAUGGAGGAUUUAAUGAGAAUAUUCCAUCAAAAAAAGUUCAUUUCUUUCCUCUUUCAAACAUGUCUUGUUUUUCUCUUAUUUCCCAUUGUUAGUUCGUCACAAGAACACCGCAAAAUUAAAGACAACCACAUUAAGAUGAGUCCAAGACUUCAAUUUGAAAUAACAUUACAUGGCUUUCUUCUUUGGGCUUCAAUGGGAUUCUUGAUGCCUGUUGGUAUACUUGCAAUUAGACUAUCAAAUAGAGAAGAAAACCCAAGGUGGCUUAGAAUUUUAUUCUAUCUUCAUACAAUUUUGCAGAUGGUUGCUGUACUUGUUGCAACAGCAGGAGCAAUCAUGUCUAUAAAAAAUUUCAACAACCUCUUCAACAACAAUCAUCAAAGAUUAGGGGUUGCACUUUAUGGUAUUAUAUGGCUUCAAGUCCUACUUGGUAUCUUUAGACCACAAAGGGGAUCCAAAAGAAGAAGUGUGUGGUUUUUUGCACACUGGAUACUUGGAACUGCAGUCACAUUCUUGGGUGUUCUGAAUGUAUAUGUUGGUUUAGCAGCUUAUCAUGAAAAAACAUCUAAAGGCAUAACAACAUGGAACUUACUUUUCACUAUUCAGAUAUCAUUGAUUGUAUUUUGCUACCUUUUUCAAGAAAAAUGGUUCUACAUACAAAAACAAAGAGUGGUUUUGAGCAAUGAAGAAAAUGUUUCAAAGGAGAUGGUAUCGAAGGUUGGAACUUGUUAAGGAACAUGAACCAAUGCUUUCCUAUAGUUGAUAUGAAUUUCUACAUGAUAUAUAGAAGUGUUUUGAAACAUACUACAGAGUACUAGUGGAUGUGAAGUUUGCAUUCAAGUGAAAUAUUUGGUGACUUGGAUGUCUUUUUUCUUAUGCAGAUGCAAAUUUAAGACGUAGAUUUUUUGAUUGUCAUGAAUUUUUAAAAUUGAAAGGUUCAGUUACACAAAAAAAAAAAAUUGUGAAAUCUGAUAAUAUCAACCAAAUUAAA